AUGGAUGCAGUAAUGGAAGGUCUCAAGCGACAGCCUCCAUGGGCUCUUCUAUAUGCAGAAGAUGUGGUGUUGAUGGCAGAAACAGAAAAGAACUUGAAGAAAAAACACAGAGAAGGAGGGACCAAUGAGGGUCGUACGGCUUACUCAACACAAAGAAGCAGAAUAUAUGGAAGCUGGAGGUCAAACUUCGAAAACAUAUACAUCGAUGAGAAGCCAAUCAAGAAAGCGAGUACAUUCAAGUACCUAGGAAGUUGCAUCUCUGGCGAAGGAGGUCUUUAA